CUAGCAAAUCACAAGCAAGUCAGCGCACCUGCUUGUACUAGCGGGACAAGAGCAGUCGCCGAUUGCGAACCGGAAUUCGCGACGACGACCGAGCCGGCAGCGCAAGCCAGACAAAUCGCAAAACCCACCCUAAUCCUCCUCCGGUGACAUCAGGGUAGAUAGAAGCUCCCGGUCUCGAACUCCUACCUCACCUCUCUACCUGCACCAAUUCUCUAUCCUUCAACCAAAACCCCGCGACAAAUUCACAAUGGGUUCCAGCGCCUCGAAGCCCUCUGCUGCGCAUGUGUGGAAGGCGCCCGCCCCGGCUGGCGUGUCGCACGAUCUUGUCGAGAAGUUGGAGUCUAGCCCCGAGACCGACAUUUCCCGCCAACAGGCCAUCGAGCUCCAAGUCCAAGCCCGCGUCGCCGAAGAACUGAAGCGUCUCCGCGCCGCCGAAGCUGCCAAGCUGCAAGAAACCCUUACUGCCUCCUCCCAAUCCACCGAGCAACAGCAACAACAAGAGAACGACAUCAGCAGACAAAAGGUCCAGAAGGAAGUCGAGGCUCUGCGUGCCAAGCUGGAGGAGCGCCGCAAGGUGCGCGAGCUGCCCGAGAGCACGGAGACGGCGCGCAGCGAGGUGGUGCGGUGCCUGCGCGAGAACGACCGCCGGCCGCUGGACUGCUGGAAGGAGGUUGAGGCUUUUAAGGAGGAGGUGCGGAGGCUGGAGAGGGGGUGGGUUGAUAAGGUUGUUGCUUAAAUCUGCUUCCCCUGAUUUGGUCACACACGAAAUACCGACAUACGGUCAGACAAA